AUGAGAAGAACCCUACUGAGACCUCCUCCUUCCCUUCUCUCCGCAACAACCAUUCACUUGCUUCCACCUCUCCUAUCCUACAACAAUGGCUGGUCUUCAUCAAAACCUCCAAAACAGCGCCCCACACCAACUUUCACUUCAAAUCCUAGGUGGUUUUUCACUGACAACAACUAUCUUCCUCCACCAGAAUGGAUAGAGCCCUUCAAUGACCUCUCUGAUAUAGCCUCAGAAACCCCUCAAAACCUUAAACCCUCCCCUUGGGUUCAACAAAUUAUAAGUCUUUUAUUAGAUGGCUCUAUGGAUAUGGAAUCGAGAUUGGAUCUUUUUUGCAGUAAGUUCUUGAUCAAGUUAUCACCAAAUUUUGUAGCUUUUGUUUUGAAGUCUAUGGAAAUUCAAAAAAGACCUGAUCUUGCUUUAAAGUUCUUUACUUGGGCUGGUAAGCAAAAGAAAUAUACUCAUAAUCUUCAAUGUUAUGUUUCUUUGAUUGAUGUUUUAGCUAUAAAUGGUGAUUUAGAUAAUGUAAAGUUAGUGUUUUGUAAGUUUAGAGAAAUGGGCUUUUUGAUGAAUGUUUAUGCUGUGAAUUCUUUGAUUAAGAGCUUUGGUAGUCUAGGGAUGAUAGAGGAGUUGUUAUGGGUGUGGCGUGGAAUGAAGGAAAAUGGGAUUGAACCAAGUCUGUUUACCUAUAAUUUUUUGCUUAAUGGUUUGGUUAAUUCGAUGUUGAUUGAAUCUGCCGAGCGUGUUCUUGAGGUUAUGGAGAAUGGAAAAAUUGGACCUGAUGUUGUUACUUAUAAUACUAUGAUUAAAGGUUAUUGUCAGGUGGGGAAAACCCAGAAAGCGUUUGAGAAGUUUAGAGAUAUGGAGUUGAGAAAUGUGGCUCCGGAUAAGAUUACGCAUAUGACUUUGAUUCAGGCGUGUUAUGCAGAGGGAGAUUUUGACUCGUGUUUAAGUUUAUAUCAUGAAAUGGAUGAGAAUGGAUUGGAAAUCCCGCCUCAUGCUUAUAGUUUAGUUAUUGGGGGCCUCUGUAAGGAGGGAAAAUGUGUGGAGGGAUAUGCUGUUUUUGAGAGGAUGAUUCAGAAUGGAUGUAAAGCAAAUGUUGCGAUAUAUACAGCUUUGAUUGACUCAAAGGCAAAAUGUGGUAACAUGGGAGAGGCGAUGUUGCUUUUUGAAAGGAUGAAAAAGGAAGGGCUUGAACCUGAUGCGGUUACUUAUGGGGUCAUUGUCAAUUGUAUGUGUAAGAGUGGGAGAUUGGAUGAGGCUAUGGAAUAUUUUGAGUUCUGUAGAGAUAAUGGAGUGGCAGUCAAUGCCAUGUUCUAUUCUAGUCUAAUUGAUGGCCUUGGCAAGGCUGGGAGGGUGGACGAAGCUGAGAAACUUUUCGAACAGAUGAUCAAGAGAGGAUGCCCUCCAGAUUCAUAUUGCUACAAUGCUCUUAUUGACGCCCUUGCCAAAUGUGGUAAGAUCUAUGAAGCAUUAGCACUCUUUAAGAGAAUGGAGUAUGAAGGUUGUGAUCAGACUGUUUAUACAUACACAAUAAUGAUAAAUGGAUUGUUCAGAGAGCAUAGAAAUGAAGAGGCAUUGAAGAUGUGGGAUAUGAUGAUAGAUAAGGGUAUCACACCAACUCCAGCUGCUUUUAGGGCUCUUUCUAUUGGUCUCUGUUUAUCAGGCAAGGUAGCUAGAGCUUGUAAAAUUUUGGAUGAACUAGCACCUAUGGGUGUUAUUCCUGAGACAGCUUUUGAGGAUAUGCUCAAUGUGUUGUGCAAAGCAGGCCGUAUAAAAGAGGCUUGUAAGUUGGCUGAUGGAAUUAUUGACAGGGGCAGGGAAAUUCCAGGGAGAGUUCGCACUGUUCUAAUCAAUGCUUUGAGGAAAGCAGGCAAUGUAGAUUUGGCUUUGAAGUUGAUGCAUAGCAAGAUUGGGAUCGGGUAUGAUAGAAUGGGUAGCGUUAAGAGGCGAGUGAAGUUCCGGUUUCUUGUUGAAAGUUGA